CUAGUACUUGCUAUCUUUGGACGCUGGCCCUUAACCUUACCAGCAAGCCCUGGAUCGACUCGUCGCCAAAUUACAUACAAAAAGCCUGAAACUCAUCUUUAUCCAUCGCCCCCAUCCCGCGUGCCCUAGUCGUCGCUGUUCGCGUUUCCUGUCUCACUUAGAUUCUUUCGAUCAUGGUGCAUAUCCCCCAGGCUCGAGUCGACAGGGCGAUCGAGCAGAUUCAGCACAGGCGGCGACCUUCAACCAUCGAUUUUUCGCAGCACGUCCUAGAAGAUGGAAGCACAGUCAGUACCCAAGAACGUGUCGUUAAAGAUGUCCAAGCUCCGGCGAUGUUGAUGCCCACCAGUGCCCAAUUCUUUUCGCGACAAGAUCCCAGCAAACCAGAUAUUGCGUACCUCAAAAACCAUUUCUACCGGGAGGGUCGUCUGAGCGACGAUCAGGCGCUGUGGAUCAUUGAGAAGGCGACGGCGUUAUUGCGCGUCGAGCCAAAUGUGCUGCACGUAGAUGCCCCAAUCACAGUCUGUGGCGACGUCCAUGGACAAUAUUAUGAUCUCAUGAAAUUAUUCGAAGUCGGAGGUCCUCCUGCCGAUACAAGAUAUCUUUUCCUGGGGGACUAUGUUGACCGAGGGUACUUCAGCAUUGAGUGUGUCUUGUAUCUCUGGUCACUAAAAAUAUGGUACCCCGAUACCCUCUUUCUCCUGCGCGGCAACCAUGAGUGUCGGCAUCUGACCGAUUACUUUACCUUCAAGCUUGAGUGCAAACAUAAGUACAGCGAACGUGUCUAUGAAGCGUGCAUGGAGUCUUUUUGCGCCCUUCCUCUUGCUGCGAUCAUGAAUAAGCAGUUUCUGUGCAUACACGGCGGCCUCUCCCCUGAACUAAACACCCUUGACGACAUACGGGCGAUUGACCGUUUCCGCGAGCCACCUACUAACGGGCUCAUGUGUGACAUCUUAUGGUCAGAUCCCGUCGAGGACUUUGGGCAAGAGAAGACAAACGAGAGCUUCCUUCACAACCACGUCAGGGGUUGCUCUUACUUCUUCACAUAUCAAGCUGCAUGUCAAUUCUUGGAGCGCAAUAACUUGUUGUCCAUUAUCCGUGCUCACGAGGCUCAGGAUGCAGGAUACCGCAUGUACCGCAAGACCAAAACUACUGGUUUCCCUUCGGUCAUAACGAUUUUCUCUGCUCCAAAUUACCUGGAUGUGUAUAACAACAAGGCAGCUGUUUUGAAGUACGAGAGCAAUGUCAUGAACAUUCGUCAGUUCAACUGCACGCCUCAUCCUUAUUGGUUGCCAAAUUUCAUGGACGUCUUUACAUGGAGCUUGCCUUUCGUAGGCGAAAAAAUCACCGACAUGCUGGUUGCUGUCCUGAACACCUGUUCCAAGGAGGAACUCGAAGAAUCCGAUGAAGAAAGUCUACCGUCACCCGUGGCCCCAGUGGACGACACUGUCGAGCGGAGGAAAGUCAUCAAGAAUAAGAUCCUUGCUGUUGGACGGAUGGCACGGGUAUUUGCGCUUCUGCGCGAGGAAUCCGAGAAGGUUUCCGAGUUGAAGAGUAUUUCUGGUUCCGGAAAAUUGCCCUUCGGAACCCUCGCACUGGGUACGGAAGGCAUCAAAGAAGCUAUCACAGGAUUUGAGGACGCACGGAAAUCUGACAUCGAAAACGAACGGUUGCCACCCGAACUGUUCGACGCCGAAGAAGCUAAGGCAUACCUCGCACAAGCACAAAGCAUGUCCGCCUCCGAGACAGUCGAAGAGAAUACAACCGAAGGGACAAUCGACCCAUCCCACUCAUCUAUCUCUUUACCUUCAUCAGGAAGUCUGUCCAGCCUCACUGGUCCGUCCUCAACGGGUUCACAAAUAUCACCGUCGCGUAUGCCAUUCCGUGGCAGACACGGCCGCCAAGCGAGUCUCGGUACAACAAUGACGAGUCCGUCAACGAGAAGGAGGAGCUUGGAAAGUACUAUUUCCAUGAUCCAGGAAGCACUGGAUGGGAAAGAUUCCGAACUUUCAAACCAAUACGGGAGUAGAAACGAAGGGACUUAGCCAACGAACUGGCUAACGUACGUCUACCGGGCAUACCCUUACAGUGUAUUCUUUACUUUCAAGCUUUUUGGCCUGCAUGGAGGUGUGUGCAGUGGAAAGAUAUUUAAUUAACAGC